AUGGGUAACCAGCAGUCCAACAUCAGUGGAGGCCCCGGGGGUGAUGGAAGAGAUGACAAGGACAAGAAGAAGGACAAGCCCAAGUACGAGCCGCCUCCACCACCAACCACUCGCAUCGGUCGCAAGAAGCGCAGAGCUGCCGGCCCCAGCACUGCGGCCAAGCUCCCCGACAUCUACCCCACGUCACGAUGCAAGCUACGAUAUCUCCGAAUGCAACGAGUCCAUGACCACCUAUUGCUUGAAGAGGAAUACGUGGAGAACAUGGAGCGCCUGCGUAAGACCAAGGCGCAGGCGACGCAGGAUGCCAACCGAGGCGACUUCGAUAUCAUGGACCGGAACGCCGAUGAGAGAGGCCGAGUUGAUGACAUGCGAGGCAGCCCCAUGGGGGUGGGCAACCUGGAAGAGCUGAUUGACGAUGACCACGCCAUUGUCUCGAGUGCCACGGGCCCCGAGUACUACGUGUCCAUCAUGUCUUUCGUCGACAAGGAUCUGCUCGAGCCCGGCGCCAGCAUUCUCUUGCAUCACAAAUCGGUGUCGGUCGUUGGUGUGUUGACGGAAGAAUCAGACCCUCUCGUGUCGGUGAUGAAGCUCGACAAAGCACCCACGGAGUCGUACGCGGAUAUCGGUGGUCUGGAGCAACAGAUUCAAGAAGUCCGAGAAUCCGUCGAACUUCCGCUGCUUCAUCCCGAGCUGUACGAGGAGAUGGGUAUCAAGCCGCCCAAGGGUGUCAUCCUCUAUGGUGCGCCGGGUACCGGAAAGACGUUGCUUGCGAAGGCCGUUGCAAACCAGACCAGUGCCACUUUUCUCCGUAUUGUCGGCAGUGAGCUGAUCCAGAAAUACCUCGGUGAUGGUCCGCGUUUGGUGCGACAGAUUUUCCAGGUUGCUGCGGAGCACGCCCCGUCUAUCGUGUUCAUUGACGAAAUCGAUGCCAUCGGUACGAAGCGUUACGAAUCGCAGUCGGGCGGCGAACGAGAAAUUCAGCGAACUAUGCUUGAGUUGCUGAACCAGCUGGACGGUUUCGAUGACCGUGGUGAUGUCAAGGUCAUCAUGGCCACCAACAAGAUCGAGACUCUGGAUCCCGCCUUGAUCCGUCCUGGUCGUAUUGACCGAAAGAUUCUCUUCGAGAACCCAGACCAAAACACGAAGAAGAAGAUCUUUACGCUGCAUACAUCGAAGAUGUCGCUCGGCGACGAUGUCGACCUCGACGAGUUCAUCAACCAGAAGGACGACCUUUCCGGUGCCGAUAUCCGUGCCAUCUGUACCGAAGCCGGUCUGAUGGCGUUGCGAGAACGCCGUAUGAGAGUCCAGAUGGACGAUUUCCGUGCCGCCAGAGAACGAAUCAUGAAGACGAAGCAGGAUGGCGGUCCUGUCGAGGGACUGUACUUGUAG